AUGUCUUCGCUACGAAUUCUGGUCCCCAUUAAGCGGGUAAUUGACUAUGCCGUCAAGCCCCGCGUCAACAAGGCCCAGACGGGCGUCGAAACGGCCGGCGUCAAGCACUCGAUGAACCCCUUUGACGAGCUCUCGGUCGAGGAGUCUGUGCGGAUCCGCGAGAAGAAGCGCAGCCCCGGCGGCGUCGAGGACAUUUGCGUCGUCUCGGCCGGCCCGGCCAAGGCGCAGGACGUGCUGCGCACCGCCAUGGCCAUGGGCGCCGACCGCGGCAUCCACGUCGAGGUGCCCGAGGGCGAGGACCUGGCGCCGCUGACGGUGGCCAAGAUGCUGGCCAAGACGGUCGAGCAGCAGCGGAGCAACCUGGUGGUGCUCGGCAAGCAGAGCAUCGACGACGACGCCGGCCAGACGGGCCAGAUGCUCGCCGGCCUACUCGGCUGGGCGCAGGCCACGCAGGCCAGCAAGGUCGAGUUUGGCGAGGCGGACAGCGUCACCGUCACCAAGGAGGUCGACGGCGGCGUCGAGACGGUUCGCGCCAGGCUGCCCAUGGUCAUCACGACGGACCUGCGCCUCAACGAGCCCCGCUACGCGAGCCUGCCCAACAUUAUGAAGGCCAAGAAGAAGAAGCUGGACAAGAUGAAGCUCGGCGACCUCGGCAUCGGCAACGACGUCCGUCUCAAGAUUCUCAAGGUCACUGAACCCCCUGCGAGACAAGGUGGCGGCAAGGUCGAGGACGUCGAUGGCCUCAUUGGCAAGCUCAAGGAGCUGGGUGCUCUAUGA